GGCGGCGGGACCGGCGGCGGCGGCACCGAGGUGAUCCAGGUGACCAACGUGUCCCCCAGCGCCAGCUCCGAGCAGAUGCGGACGCUCUUCGGCUUCCUGGGCAAGAUCGACGAGCUGCGCCUCUUCCCGCCCGAUGAUUCGCCUUUGCCGGUUUCCUCCCGUGUCUGCUUUGUUAAGUUCCAUGAUCCGGACUCAGCAGUUGUGGCGCAGCACCUGACAAACACUGUAUUCGUUGACAGAGCUUUGAUAGUCGUACCCUAUGCAGAAGGAGUUAUUCCUGAUGAGACUAAGGCUUUGUCUCUGUUGGCACCAGCUAAUGCAGUGGCAGGUCUUCUGCCUGGUGGUGGCCUCCUGCCUACUCCUAAUCCUCUGACACAGAUUGGCGCAGUUCCUUUGGCUGCCUUGGGAGCUCCUACUCUUGACCCUGCCCUCGCUGCAUUGGGGCUUCCUGGAGCGAACUUGAACUCUCAGUCUCUUGCGGCAGAUCAGUUGCUGAAACUUAUGAGUACUGUUGAUCCCAAGUUGAAUCAUGUCGCUGCUGGUCUCGUCUCGCCCAGCCUGAAAUCAGAUACCUCUAGUAAAGAAAUAGAGGAAGCCAUGAAGAGAGUGCGAGAAGCGCAGUCUCUCAUUUCUGCUGCUAUCGAGCCAGAUAAGAAAGAGGAGAAGCGAAGGCACUCGAGGUCUAGGUCCCGUUCUCGGAGGAGGCGGACUCCCUCGUCUUCCAGGCACAGGCGCUCAAGGAGUAGAUCACGGAGGAGAUCACAUUCAAAGUCGAGGAGUAGGCGGCGAUCCAAGAGUCCAAGGCGGAGAAGGUCUCAUUCCAGAGAGAGGGGUCGGAGGUCAAGGAGCACGUCGAAAAACAGAGACAAAAAGAAAGAAGACAAAGAAAAGAAACGUUCUAAAACACCUCCCAAAAGUUACAGCACAGCCAGACGUUCCAGAAGCGCAAGCAGGGAUCACUCUUGGCGGGGCUCGGGAGACCAUAUGUGGUGCCAGGGAUCGAACCCGGGUCAGCUGCGCACAAGUCUACCCGUUCUGGGCCCUAGAGAGAGGCGGCGGCGGCGCAGCAGGAGUGGCUCCCGGUCUCCUAAGAAGCCACGGUCUCCUAAAAGGAAACUCUCUCGCUCACCAUCUCCCAGGAGACAUAAAAAAGAGAAGAAGAAAGAUAAAGACAAAGAAAGAGGAGGCCGAGAUGAAAGAGAACGAUCAACCAGCAAGAAGAAGAAGAGUAAAGAUAAAGAAAAGGAGCGGGAGAGAAAAUCCGAGAGUGAUAAAGAUAUAAAACAGGUAACACGGGAUUAUGACGAAGAGGAACAGGGUUAUGACAGCGAGAAAGAGAAAAGGGAGGAGAAGAAGCCAACAGAACCAGGGUCCCCCAAAACGAAAGAAUGUUCAGUAGAAAAGGGAACUGGCGACUUGCUAAGAGAAUCCAAAGUGAACGGGGACGAUCACCACGAAGAAGACAUGGACAUGAGUGACUGAGACCGCCGCCGAGGGACCCCGCCCGGUCCAUGCAUCAGCGUCAUUCCUGUGCGUGAUCUCUUAACGCUGUACCGGUCAUCUCAACCCUAAGUGUGCACAGCUCUGAGUUCUAAAUGGUUUCUAAAGCUGAUAAUUGAUACUAGUCACUUCCAUCCAAAAGCUUCUAGAAAAUGAUCCGUGGGUAACUAAUUCUUGACAUGGUGAGAUACCAUCGUGUAAAACGGAGCAGUUUUACUAUCCUGGUGCUGCGUCCUUGAAACAAACAAGAAAAGCUGCAUGCGUCUCCAGCAGGCAUGGAUUGUUUAUGUUGUAGGCCCCCCCCCUUUCUUAAGUAAGUUCACUUAGCGUCUUUCUAGAAUUUGAUUCGUUGCCGUAAUAGAGCCAUGUAGGGAAUGCACUGAUUGCAUGUGAAUUGUGGCAGGAAUAUCCUACGUGUCAUUAAUAUCUCCACGAGGGAUCCACUUUUGGUCUUGUUCAUUGACAUGACAAAUUAACAUUCUUUUAGUUAUAUCUGAAAAAAAUGAGCAUUUGAAAUAGAUAAACCUUUCAGCCUUGUGGCUAUAUGUUCGUGGCUUUUAUUUUUAACUUUGAAAAGGUUAUAUAUGCACUAACCUUUUUUUUUUCUUUUGAUGGCUAAUUAGGCUUUACAGAAAUAAGAUAUCAAAUGGCGCUGUCUUUGACAGUGAGUAAAUAGCAUAUUUUGAAAGUAGAGUUGUGUACUUUUUCAUAAAGUGUCUGGAACUUUUUUUCCCAGAAGUACUCAAUUGCACACUUAAACAUCAGUGAAAGUUGUCUGCCCAUCCUGAAUCCACCUGUAAAAGAAAGGCAUCUCUUGUCCUGAUUUUCAAUCCCCCGCUCCCUUAUUAAUUUCUUUUAACCUCAGUGUUGGAAAAAGAGGGUAGUGCAUUUUAAAUUGACCUUCAUAUGCUUUUAAAAUAAGACAGAUCUACUUGAUAAUGUACUUUUUAUUUGAUCUCAAGUUGUAUAAAACCAAUUAAUUUUGUGUUACUGUAUUUGCAGUAGUAAUCUUACGCACAGUGAUUCCAUGUUAAAAAUGCAAAGUAGUUAGUUAGAAAACCGUUUUCUUAGUUACAGGACUUUCAGGCUUCACUUUUGUGCGGUUAAAAACAAAAGUAGGCUACACGGUCUGUGCCAUGUUGAUGUACAGUUUCUGAAAUUGUUUUACAAGACUUUGAUAAUAAAACCCUUAAACUUAUGUUCUGUUCCUGUAAAACUGUAUUUGUAUUUAUUUACGCUAUUGAAUGUAUGACAUUUACCUCAUUCAUUUUACAAAUCAAGUUCUUUCUCCUUCUGACCCACAUUUUAUAAAUAGUAAUGAGAUGAAGUCCGUCAUGAUGGUGAUGAAUUGCCAUCUGCUGGUGUGUUAGUGUCUCCUUUUUAAAGAAGUCUUAGUCUUAAUUUUUUUUUUUUCUCCUGUUGGGUGUAGGAUUAGGUUGAGGAAAAGGCAUUGAAUUUGAGAAACAAUAAACUGAACCCAUCUGUAUCUAGUAAAUUUCUAUUUUCAGUGAAAUAUAAAUAUCUGCCUUUUUGGAAUAGUAUAGAAACUGUCAAUGGUAUAUAUCUACUGUACAAUACUAAAUAGUAUAUUUAUUCAUUUACAAAAUGAGUAGUGUUUUAAGUGGCUGCAGUUUAAGGGGAAAGAAAGAAAACUUGGAAUUGUUGGAAAAUGGAUCCAAGUUCAAGUGUACAUUUUUUAACUUUCAAAAGUGAAAUGCCAUAUAGAAGAGCAGCAUUGUUUUUACAGUUUGUAGUAGGUAACUUUUUAAAGAUUUUAUCGAAAGGGAUUUUGUGUAUAGUAAAACUUCUAGUAGUGGUCCUAAUAAUCACUGCGUUUUCAACAAAGUUGACCGCAAAUGCCAUUUGCUUAAACUUUUCUAGUAGGUAAGCCGAACCAUCUGACAUUGCCAUUUUUGUAAGACAAAAGAAAAGCAAAAUCAUCGGCAGUAUCACAUGGUUUAAACCUAUUGGUCUUUUCCCUUGGAAAUUCUGAAUACGAAGCUACCUUUUCUUAGAAGAGAGUAAGAAAGACUGGGCUGUGAAGUAGUACCACUAAUUGAACGUGAUGAUAGUGAGGAGGGAAUUCACACAUUUGGGGUGACCAUUUUAUGCACAAGGUAAGGUCGCACUGGGACACAAAGCCUUUAACACAGAAAAGUUGAAAUCAAGUGAACACUGCCUCCACGUUGAGUUUUGUUCUGUAUUUGGUAGUAAAAAUGAUUUAAAAAUAAAAGUGGUUUUGUUAGAAAAA